AUGGCUUCAAGUGCUUCAAAGUUCAUAAAAUGUGUGACUGUUGGAGAUGGCGCUGUUGGUAAAACAUGUAUGCUCAUCUGCUACACCAGCAACAAAUUCCCUACUGACUACAUACCAACAGUUUUUGACAACUUUAGUGCAAACGUUGUAGUUGAAGGCACCACUGUUAAUCUAGGACUAUGGGACACUGCUGGGCAAGAAGACUAUAACAGAUUAAGGCCUUUAAGUUACAGAGGAGCAGAUGUUUUUGUCUUGUCUUUCUCAUUGGUUAGCCGAGCUAGCUACGAGAAUGUCUUUAAAAAGUGGAUCCCUGAACUCCAGCACUUUGCCCCAGGAGUUCCUUUGGUUCUUGUUGGUACCAAAUUAGAUCUCCGUGAAGAUAAACAUUAUUUGGCUGACCAUCCUGGACUAUCUCCUGUAACUACUGCACAGGGAGAGGAGCUGCGUAAGCUAAUUGGAGCAACAUAUUACAUUGAAUGUAGCUCAAAAACUCAACAGAACGUGAAAGCAGUUUUUGAUUCUGCGAUUAAGGAAGUGAUCAAACCUGUGGUUAAACAAAAGGAGAAGACAAAGAAAAAGAAGAAGCAAAAGUCACAUCAUGGAUGUUUAUCGAACAUUCUGUGUGGGAGGAUGGUGACUAGGCAUUGA